AUCUUUAAUUCCCAGUUGAUGACGGUGCUCGUUGGCGGGCGGACGAACAAAAGUAUGCGGAGCAGCUGAUCGCACAGAAACGAAAGAGAAGACAAUAUUGUGAGGAAGCUAACAACAUAUGAAUAGUGUAACUAAGAGCGUGAAAGCGAGAGCAUACGAAACGUGUCAGUUUAAUAAAGUCGCUAUGAGAAACAUUUUGGUUCAUAAAGCAAAUGUAAUAAUUGUUGUGCUGUGUUGUCAUUCUUCGUAUUGCUGUAAUUGUGUUAUUGUUAAAUGGUAAAAGUAGCACAGUGACACACUUAAAUAGGAUGGGGAAGAAAGCGGGAGUGGCAGGAAGAGACAACUAUAAAUAGACCCCAAGACUGAAAGCGCUAACAUACAAAUAAGAAAGAAAGCGAUGAAGAACGCAUCCAAUACAUACAUAUGUAUAAGUAUAUGUAUGUAAAUGAACGCGUACAUAUGUGUACACAGGCAUAAAAGCACAACAUCUGAUAUAAACAAUAAGUUGGCAAGUGGCCAGUCGGCAAGUGACAAGAAGAUAACGGAGAGGGAGACACGGAAGAUUGCUACAGUUGUUGCUGUUCCCUCGCCAUCAUCCAAUAGACAUCCAACAGGUGAAAGAAUCAGCAGCUGUAGCAGCAGGGUUUUAUGAGCAAAAACUGUCAACGUUGAUUCAACCAAGAGCAAUGUCAAAGUGUCAACAACAACAGCAGCAGCAGCAGUUUUUUGAGUUUGAAUCCGAGCAUGAAGAUCAGGGAAAGGAAAAGUAUGAUCCCCUUGAAAAUCUUCUUAGUCUUCAGUUACGCAAGCCUGCCCACUGGAAUUUGGAAUUAAACACUUCACGCAGUUGCAGCAACAUUGCACUUCCUCGAAUUUUGUUGUAUGAUCACAAAGGGGUGCUUAUUUUGGAAGCGGAUGGACAAGAAGAACAAACGUAUCGGCCAACUACCGUCUCAAAUCGGCGGAAACUUUUCACAUCAUCUAAUCUGACUCAUAUUUCACAUGAGGUACGAUUGGCUAAUGAGUUUCAUGAUCUGUGCAUUGGGGAGGCGACGCCCAGCAGCAAACUCACGCCCAUACAGCAGCUGACGGAAAGCUGCAUUGAUUUCAGCACACAUGAGCUACCCGAUUGGCAGGCACACGACGCGAUCAGCUCACGGCGCUCCAGCUCAUUGCGCGGGGUGCGCUUUAAGGAUAAGGAACAGCGGCAGAAGCAUUCGCAGCAACGGUUGCUGGACUAUCCAACACCACCAUCUACUUCAACGAUGACCAUGACUGCUAAUUCGUCAUCGUCAGGUCCACAGGAGAAGCGUAGAUAUCGACGCACGCAGAGCUAUGGCCAGCACUCGAUAUUGGAACGCAUAAGUAUGUCGCGUGGACGCUUUUCCUCGCCAGAGUAUGCCACAGAACAGACUCUAGAGCAUGCGCCGCAAUACUUUUUACGAACUAGCAAAGCCGGCACACUUGUUAUUAAGGAUGAAAGUUUUAAUCGUGGACGGCAACGCCGUCGCCGAUACAGGGACUCUUCCAGCGAGAAUGUGCUGAUCCAUCAGGAAAGGAGCCCUUCGGAAAGCGGGGCUCAGGUGUCGGCGCGACAGCAUCUUCUGCAACGCGGUCGAGAGCAGCUGUAUUCUACUUCGGAAGACGAGGCGCAAGUCCGGAUCACAACGCAAUCGCGUAGUCGGCGUAAUCAACGCCACUGUUGCAAGGAUGUCACCACGGCAAAGCUUAUGACUGUCGAUCCUGGUAAUUGUGUGUAUCGAGCAUCGAUCGGCGCAAUAGCUCGAUAAUCACAUUGGCACUAACCACAUAUUUCCUUGCAUUGAGCAAGUAAGAAGAUACAAGCAAAUAUACAAACAUUUUUGUUGUAAAUGUUUGUGAUCGCGCAAUUCCUAUGAAAAUAAAAAAUUAAUGAAUAAAUGAACUACAAUACAUGGAUAAAAA